AUGUCAUACAUGGUUCAAAACGUUACUAGGAGGGCGUUCUCAGCGGUGUCGUCCGCCAAGGGGAAGACUUCAGAAUGGCUGGUGAUGCUUGCCGAUAAGCCUGGUGUCCUCGAGCGUCGCAUUAGAAUCCGUCCGACACACUCCAAGAACUUCGUGAAACUGCAUCAAUCAGGCAUCGUGUCUUGGGCAGGGCCCGUCUUCAAGGAACAUGUUAAGGAGGGGCUUGUUCGGCCGUUCAUCGGCUCGAUGAUGGUGGUUAAUGCCCCUAGUCGUGAGAUGGUCCGAGAGAUACUAGAGCAGGACGUUUUUGUAAAGGAGGGUAUUUGGGACUGGGAACACGUGCAGAUACUGCCUUUCGAGACGCUUCUACGCCGCCCGACCAAUGUGGAGGGCGGACCAGGCCAAUAA